UCUCUAUUCGUUUUGAAUUCGGUUUCUACCAAUUUCUGGUUUCUGCUAUUCGCCGAUUCGUCACUUCGCCACUUUGUGUCAUAGUUUUGUGUUGGUUUGGUUGGGCGUUGUGAAUCUAAAAAAGUCCAAUAAUGUGCAUUUAUUUUAUCUUUACGUUUUAUCGCCGUGCAUAGUAACAAUAAAAACAAACUACUAUACAUCACAAAUUGUAAUAAACUCUAAAAAUGCUGUAAAAUCUUGUUAUAAAAGCAUAGUUCUGUAAUCUUGUGGAUUGAUUUUUCGAAAAGGUUUUGCAAAAAUUAGUGAUGCCGGAGCAAAGCAAUGAUUAUCGUGUUGUAGUUUUUGGUGCAGGUGGUGUAGGAAAGAGUUCCCUGGUAUUACGUUUUGUAAAAGGCACCUUUAGGGAGUCCUAUAUACCUACAAUAGAAGACACUUACAGACAGGUUAUCAGCAGCAAUAAAACAAUAUGUACACUACAAAUAACUGAUACUACAGGAUCUCAUCAAUUUCCUGCCAUGCAGAGAUUAUCUAUUAGCAAGGGCCAUGCAUUUAUUUUAGUAUAUUCAGUAAGCAGUCGACAAUCCCUAGAAGAACUAAAGCCAAUAUGGCAGACAAUAAAAGAAAUAAAAGGCACUGAGUUACCAAACAUUCCAGUUAUGUUGGCGGGCAAUAAAUGUGAUGAGAGUCCGGAGAUUAGAGAGGUUUCAGCUGCAGAAGGCCAAGCACAAGCUCAGACAUGGGGUGUAUCAUUCAUGGAAACCUCUGCUAAAACUAAUCACAAUGUUACACAGUUAUUCCAGGAACUUCUCAACAUGGAGAAAAAUAGAAAUGUGUCGCUUCAAGUUGAUGGUAAAGGCAAAAAGAAAAAGGACAAGAUAGUAAAGGAGGGGGGAGAACCAUCGGCCAGUGGCAGGGAGAAGUGUCAUGUUAUGUAAUACAGAAGACAACCAUUUUGAUGUACUAAAGCACUCUUUAAUGGUGACAGUUGUGAACUAAUAAGUGAGGUAUGUAUUAAUUUUCUUGUCACUUAUUAUGUUAUCAACUGUAUUGUUAACCCUCUAGUUUUGAUUCUAGUCAUUAAAUUUAUCCCGGGAGAAAUUAUCACGGAUUUAAUAAAAUGCAUUUAAAUAAGUAGUGAUAAUAUCAAUAUGCCUUAGACUUAAUUUUCAUUAUAAUGGACUUUAACAGUCACCUUCAUCAAAAUGUGUAUAUUUUGCUAAUAUUAAUAUUGUUUUAUUUACACUAGUUAUCAAAUAUUGACUGAUGCAACAUUAUAUGGAUGUGAAAUCAUUCCAUGAAUGUUAAAAUACAACGAACAGUCUAUAGGACGCUGUUAUUCAAUUGUACGCUAAUUAAUAUCGAUAUUUUUAAUAAUUAUGUGAAAAAUAUUGCUGCAUUCAUCUAAAUUU